GCAAAGAAGAAAGCGAUGGAAAGCAGCAGGAGUCUCGUGUUGCUCUCUCUUCUCCCGUCCCUCCUCCUCGUCGCGAUCGCUACAGAGCCGUCCGCCGGCGGUGAGCUCCUCAGCACGUUCAUCGUCCACGUGCAACCCCAGGAGAACCAUGAGUUCGGCACGGCAGACGACAGGACGGCGUGGUACCAGUCGUUCCUCCCCGACAACGGCCGGCUCCUCCACGCGUACCACCACGUCGUCACCGGCUUCGCGGCCCGGCUGACGCGGCAGGAGCUCGCCGCGAUCUCAGCCAUGCCCGGGUUCCUCAGCGCAGUCCCCGACAGCACGUACACGGUGCAGACGACGCACAGCCCUGAGUUCCUCGGGCUAAACGUGGAGGCGCAGCAGAACCAGCCAGGACUUGGCGCAGGCGUCAUCGUCGGCGUGAUCGACACCGGCAUCUUCCCGGACCAUCCAUCCUUCAGCGACCACGGAAUGCCGCCGCCCCCGGCCAAGUGGAAGGGCCGCUGCGACUUCAACGGCACCACGUGCAACAACAAGCUCAUCGGCGCGCGCAAUUUCGUCGCGGCCCUCAACAACGGCACCUCCGGCGUUCCGGUGCCGCCGGUCGAUUUGGUCGGGCACGGCACUCACACGUCCAGCACCGCGGCCGGAGCGGUCGUGCCAGGCGCUAACGUGCUGGGCCAAGCGAUGGGGUCCGCCUCCGGGAUGGCCACGCGUGCGCACCUCGCCAUGUACAAGGUGUGCUACACGAACAGGUGCUCCGAUUCCGACAUGCUGGCCGGCGUCGACACCGCCGUGGCCGACGGCUGCGACGUCAUCUCCAUAUCUCUCGCCGGGCCGGCGCUUCCGUUUCACCAGGACCCUGUCCUUGUAGCGACGUUCGGCGCCGUGGAGAAGGGCGUGUUUGUCAGCAUGGCCGCCGGCAAUUCCGGCCCGGUCGAGAGCUCUCUGUUGAAUGAGGCUCCGUGGAUCCUCACCGUCGCCGCGAGUACCGUGGACCGCUCGAUUCGUUCGACGGUGCAACUGGGUAAUGGCGUGUCUUUCCACGGCGAGUCUCUCUACCAGCCACACGACUCGCCCGCUCUCUUCUCCCCGUUGGUCCAUGCGGCCGCGAGCGGGAAGCCGCUCGCCGAGUUCUGUGGGAACGGCACGCUGGACGGCUUCGACGUGAAGGGAAAAAUGGUGCUCUGCGAGUCCGGGGGGAACAUCUCGGCGACCCUCAAAGGCAGAGUGGUGCAGAGCGCAGGCGGUGCCGGUAUGAUUCUAAAGAACCAGUUUCUCCAAGGCUACAGCACGUUUGCCGAUGCACACGUCCUCCCAGCUUCACACGUUGGCUACACCGCGAGCACGGCCAUCGAAUCCUACAUCAACUCCACCGCGAACCCGGUGGCACGUAUCAGCUUCCCGGGCACCAUACUCGGCACGUCGCCUGCUCCUUCGAUCGUUUUCUUCUCGUCUCGUGGGCCUAGCCGUCAACACACCGGCAUUUUGAAACCCGACAUCGCAGGGCCCGGAGUCAACGUGCUGGCUGCAUGGCCGUUCCAAGUAGGCCCACCAUCGACACCGGUUCUCCCUGGUCCGACCUUUAACAUCAUCUCGGGCACAUCCAUGUCGACGCCGCACCUCAGCGGCAUAGCGGCGGUUAUCAAGAGCAAGCACUCGGACUGGUCGCCGGCGGCCAUCAAGUCAGCGAUAAUGACAACCGCUGAAAUCACCGACCGCUCCGGUAACCCCAUACUCAACGAGCAGCGCGCGCCGGCGAACUUGUUCGCCACCGGCGCUGGACACGUCAACCCAACGAAGGCCGUUGACCCUGGCCUAGUCUAUGACAUAACCCCUGCGGACUACAUCAGCCACCUGUGUGGCAUGUACAAGAGCCAAGAGGUCUCGGUGAUCGCACGAAAGCCGGUCAACUGCUCGGCUAUCGUGGCAAUCGACGGUAACCAUCUAAAUUACCCAUCGAUUGCGGUCGCGUUCCCGCCGUCGUCGAGGAAUUCAAGCGGGGCGGAGGUGGUCGUGAAGCGCAAGGUGAGGAACGUCGGGGAGGUUCCUUCCGUGUACUAUUCAGCAGUCGACAUGCCCGACAACGCAGUGUCCAUCGAUGUGUUCCCGUGCAAGCUGACGUUCACCAAGCCAAACCAGGAAAUCGAUUUCGAGGUGGUCGUGUGGCCUGGGCAGAGUGGUUCCAAGGUGGUGCAGGGUGCGCUACGAUGGGUGUCCGAGAUGCACACCGUGCGGAGCCCCAUCUCUGUCACAUUCGCGUGAUUACAUACUAGGUUUCCUUUCAGUCCAUAGAUCGACAUGGUUUAACUAUGUUUAUGUCUUUCGUGCAAAUUGGU